UCAUGCCAAGUAUUGCCUCAGUGGUGUGUCGCACUUUCCGGCACGCGGUUGGGUUGGAGUGGGCCUCCGUGCCUGGUGAAAUACGUCACGUUUUAUAUACGGCCACUUCAAAACAAUACUAAAACGUAAAAAAGUGAACGUGUCUAAGAAUUGCAGUGAACUAACACACGGAUCAGCUGAUGUGUUGCUAAGUGGUGAAGACGACAGUGAAAUAUUCGUAUGUAGCGUGUUUUUCAUGACUCGAGAGGGUUCGUUUUGGGCAUAGCGGAUGUUUUAUGUUGGGAUCACCAUAGUAAAUCGUGUAAGUUUGGUUAGGUGUUUUCAGUUUUGAAAGUACGAUGAAUUAUAUUGGAUUUGUUGAGUUUUUAAAAGUUGAAACGAAUAUAAUGUGCCAAUUUUACCUUACCGAUAACACAUUAAGCUCACAUAAUUAAGAACAUUCCUACAUGUUCUCUAUGGACUCAAGUGCAAAGUUUAUGAAUUAUUAUUUACGUUUUAUAAUAUAUAUUCUUAUAAAUAAUUUCAGAUUAAAUGAAAGAAAUUGAGAUUAUAUUCGAUUAAAAUAUAACAACUACAAAGUGACAAGUACAUAAAUUAAUAAAAUAUGAGAGAUAUAAGGUGACAAAACUUUUAUAAUAGUUUUGAAAGAGGCAAUUUGCAUUCUAGUCAAAUGUAAAUACAUUGAGGCGGUUUGCUUACAGCAUCAUCGUCUGAGAAGAGACUUUAGUGACGGUAUCUAAAAUUAGUUUUUAAAUGUGAGUUCACUUCGAAGGCAAUUGAAAAGGUGGUGAGUUCAUCAAGAAGAAUACCGGGACACGUGCAGUAAACAUCCUGACCACAACAGUGACAGACGCUGCAUUUCGAACUACUGCGCGUUUCUCAGAGCUGACAGUAACAACAUGCAGGGCGGGAAAAUGACUACCAAGGAGAAGGGCUCCGAGAGAGAGAUCAGCAGCAAGACGGCCCAGAAACAAGAAUUCGUGCCUCCUGAUGGUGGCUGGGGAUGGAUCGUUGUCUUCGCCUUUGCCCUUAGCAAUGUGAUCGUUGUACCUAUUCUUCAGUCCUUCGGUUUGCUCUUCAGAGAAAGAUUCGAAACACUGGAGAUAUCAGGCACUGACGCGUCGGUCAUAAUCAACGUCAACUCUGCCUUCGGCAUGAUUCUUGGUCUUCUCAACGGGUUUCUCCUGAGAAGUUUCGGCUACCGCAAGAUUUCUAUAGCAGGAGCUGUUAUAAAUUCUAUUGGAGUCAUUCUCACAAGUCAAGCUGAUUCUUUCGGGUUCUUCCUCGCCACAUACGGCAUCAUCUCAUCCGUAGGUUUCAAUCUUCAGACUUCCGGGUUAAACUUGGCCAUUAAUACGUACUUCCGGGAGAGGCGUGGCAAAGCCGUGGGAUUUGGCAUGACAGCUAUGGGCCUAGGUCCAGUGUUCAUGCCGCUCGUCAUUAGUAAGCUAAUGAACGUAUAUGGAGUUAUGGGCACGGCGCUUAUACUGGGAGGCCUCUCCUUGCAUUCACUCGUAGCUGCACUGCUCCUGCAGCCAGUGAAGUGGCAUAUGAAACCCAAGGAAGUGACUCUCGAAACGAUGGAGGAUGCGAGAGAAGAGGACGAUGAAAUUGAGAAACGGAAAUCGCUCUUCAACGACGAGCCGACGACAAGACGGCAUCGGACUAUAACAGCAGGAUCGUCUAUCGACCACGAUAUCGAUACCCACUCAGUGUACGGCUUCGAGACACCUCUUUCAGAACGUCGUCUAACUGGCGGAGUCAGUGCGAGAAGAAGAUAUUCAUUGUCAUCUUUCAAACGGAGCACCUCGCACAUGGACGACAACCCUACCCGACCGUCAGCUUCCGACGUCAGUUGGUGGGCGUCGGCAGCGUCGCUUGACACAGCACACCUAGGAAGCAAUUACAGGAUCGACGACAACACGUAUCAACUGCUGAGCGAAGUCGACGAAGACGAGGAUCGACAAGGAAAGACGAAGGAAAAGAAGGAGCCGGAAACAGGGUCGGAUUUGGCUCUGUGUAACAGCAACUGCAAUGGGACGGGGCCGGUGCCCAAGAAUGGAAACUUACACGAUGACAAAGAUUCCACGAAGAAGGAAGAGGAGUCAGAGUCAGAGUCAGAAGAGAAGAAAGAGGAACCUACUUUGUGGCAGCGGUUGGGGAGGAGCAUCGUAGCAUUCUUUGAUCUGGGACUUCUGAAGGAUCCAGUCUACGUGAACUUGAUGCUUGGGAUGUCCCUUGCUAUCUGCGCUGAGCUGAACUUCAGUCUCUUGACACCGUUCAUUCUCAGCGACCGAGGGUUCGAUACUGACCACACUGCCAUCAUCAUGUCUGUGAUUGCUGGCCUCGAUAUCGUGUUCCGGUUUCUGGCACCUUUCUUCAGCGACUACUACAAGAUCCAGGCGCGUGUGAUGUACAUCAUUGCACUCAUAAUGCUCCUGUCCUCGCGAACAGCCCUGAUAUUCUCCCAGUCAUUCAAGGCGGUGAUUGUGGUGGCUGUAGCUCUAGGGGUGGCCAAAGGAGUGCGUACGGUAUACAUGACUAUUGUUAUACCGUGCUACGUCCCCAUCGAGCGCCUCGCAGCUGCGUCUGGUAUUCAGAUGGUCGUCAAUGGAGUGCUGCUGAUGGCGUUCGGACCUCUUAUUGGUUUGAUCCGAGACGUCAGUGGCAGCUACGAUUUGUGCAUCGGUUUCAUAAAUCUGCUGACUUUGAUGACCCUAAUAAUGUGGACUGUAGAGAUUAUAAUAACACGUUACCGACAUAGGGGUCAGCGGACCACAGACGAUAAAGCUGGAGACUAAGGAAUAUAUCUUCAGUCAUUUGUCUGCACAACGACCUAGGAGGCUAAAUGCGCACUGUGGAGGACUGGCUGUGUUAACUGCUCUGUGCUUGCAAUCGAUUGUAUUCGUGAAAUUCCGUGACUGGAAAUAGAUGUGGAUGAAAAGUGUAACUUGCCUCACCUGACGUAUAUUGGUCACAAAUCGCACUGGGUUUAAGAGGAACAAACGCAUCAUCAGUGAUAAUUGAGUGCCUGGAUAACGAAUAUAUUAGAAAUGGUGCAGAAGCGAUAAAGUAUCUUCGAGUGGCUGAAAGACUGUGAAAAAAAAAUCUGUGUUUGUAGUGACAAACUUUGAUAUUAGAGGCCCCGAAUGAAAGCCGCACUAUUAUGAGCUAUGACGCAAAUUUAAAUUAAAUUAAAUUAAAUUUUAAAUUCCGAUGCAAGAUACUGUACGUAAUCAACACUGACAUUUUGUUUGUUCAUUUGAAUUAGUGAAAUGCUGUUAUGACAACCGACAGCAUCACUGUUGUUUAAAAAGAAUAACAUACAUCAGAAAUGAAAAUCAAAUUCUAGUAUGAAAAUAUAAACGGAAGGUACUGCUAGAAAUGUCGUGAGAGGAGAGGAUAAUAUUAAAAUAGAUCUUGAAGAACUGGAGUAUGAAACUGUGUAAAAUGUGUAACGACAAGGUAAAAUGUCGUACUUUUAUGAACAAACUGAAACACCUUUGGUUCAAUAAAAGCAGAGAAUUGCAAAACUAG